GGUUCCCAUUCCAGUUCACACUGUCUCUUGACUCUUGAGGAUUGUGGAAGCAAAUAUCUCUCUCUCUCUCUCUCUCUCUCUCUCUCUCUCUCUCUCUCUCAUCCCAGCAUAAUCUGAUUACAGUCAAUUAGAAUAUAUUCUUUAAAGAUUUCUACCCGUCAGAUUACCUGAACCCCAAGUAAUUUAAUUUAAAAUAGCCCAAAGAAAUCAGCACCAAGAAGUUUCCUUUAAAUCACAGCCAACCGUCCCAAAUCUCUUCCUUAGGGUUACCCUUUUCCAAGCUUGUUCCUUACGCCGUCUACUUGUUAUAUUGAACGAGAAACUAUUUCUUAUUCGUGCACAUUUUUCUGGUCCGAAGAAGAAGCAGCAAAGGCAACCUGGCGAAAACGAGUCAGUUACCUCGUGUGCACAUUAAAGAUUUCGUUUCCAAAGUUGCUGAAGAUUUUCUUUCACUCUGGCCGCUGCAAGAAAGUCAGACUCUUCUCGCACCUCUAAGUGGGUGUGGGGUGUUGAUGAAGAGCUAAUUCGUCUUUUGAGGAGAUCAAGAUCAUCACACAUCUGGAGACUUUGCCGUGUUUCAGAGGGUUUGUCUCUUGACUAUGGCUAAGGUCACCGUGGAAUAAGUGCCAAGAACUUCGGUGGUAGCAUGUGAUUGUAAAUUAGAGAAGGCAGGUCUUAGUUUCAGGUUUCUGGGCCCAACUGGGCAGGAUAGUUAGUUGUUGAUAGUUUUCAAAAUAGGAAAAAGAUUUGGUUGAAUGCGAAUGAAGCUUUAGUUAGUUCCAAAAAAAAAAAUGGUUAGGUUUUCAUGCUUCCACGCCCACGGCCAUUCUACAAAACCAAAGAAAACAGUUCAACUAUCUGUUGAAGCAAUGCUGAAGACAAUGGAAGAUUGUUCUAAAAAUCCGUCCGUUAAGGAUUUUAAAGAUUCUUGUGGCGUAAAAGAUUCAUUACCUCUGAAAGUUCAAGGAGAUGCUGUUCCCAAUAAUAUGGCUAACCAUGUCAUAUCUUCGUCGUCCAUUGAACGUUACUGGAAAUCAGAUGAAAUUAACGGCAACUAUAAUGUUGAGAGUGACGGAGGGCUCCAACAUUCUGGACGUAUUAAGAAAAGCCUGUCUUUGGGAAGUGGACUGGAUAGAGAGGGUAGGGUUUCUGUUGGAAAUAACUCGGAGGAUGAGGCAGAGAUAGGAUAUUCCUGUGACGGAUCAUUGGGUCGCAAUGGGAUGGUGGUCCCAGUUGGCGGCAAGGAUACAGAAAUCAACCUGGCCAAUAGAUAUCAAGAAGCUCCACCCUCUGAUUCUCUCCAAGGGAAUCAUGACUCUAUAUUCUCGAUUGAAGAUUCACAACAAUUGGAAAAAGAAGGUCGUGAAAACGAAAUUCAGUGUUCUUCUGGUGAGUGCAAAGUUGAGUCUAGUGAUACACCUCGUGACCCUUUUGCUAUUGGGAAGUCAAAAUCUUUACCGAACAUAGAUUUCUCUGGUGAAAAUCCUGCUCUCAUGUACUUGGCACCUCAAUCGAGAUCGUCUGAAGACCUCACCAUUCUUGAUUUGAGGAGGAAGGAGAUGGUAACUCAUGAGAUAGCAACAGGUGUGAUGAACGAACAAGAAAGAGAUGAGGGUAGGUUAAAUAAGGGAAAAAGUAUUUGUGAGGAUGGUUACGAUUCUUAUAACUAUGUUGGUUCGGCAAAAGACUGGAUAGUACCCAUCACUGUAGAGGAGCAUUUGCAUGGAGAAUCUUCAACACCCCAGUGGGAGGAAAUACCGAGCAAGGAUUUGAAGAUCAAACGCAUCGAGGAGUGGGUUGUUGACCUACAACAUUGCAGCCCUUUGGAAGGGACAAAUGAUGCAAUACCCAAUGUAGAUGAUUAUCAUGUGCAGAAAGGGUACACUGUUGUGGACAAUUUGUUGGCUGCGAGAUAUGAUGGUAGGGUCACCCCCGGUAUGGAAGCUGCAAAGAAAUGCAUCUCUUCUUUCAGUGCUGCCACUACCUCAGCUCAGCUGGCAAAUCAUGGGUUGGUGGUUAUCCCAUUUCUUAGCGCUUUUGUAAGCCUAAGGGCUCUCAACUUAUCUGGAAAUGCCAUAGUUAGGAUAACGGCUGGUGCUCUUCCUCGAGGACUCCACAGUUUGAAUCUAUCAAAAAAUAGUAUCUCCACCAUUGAGGGUUUGCGUGAACUUACAAGGCUUCGUGUGCUUGACCUGAGCUACAAUCGAAUUGUGAGAAUUGGACAUGGCCUAGCUUCUUGUUCCUCUUUGAAAGAGCUAUACUUGGCUGGAAACAAAAUCAGCGAGGUUGAAGGCCUUCACCGCCUCCUAAAACUAAACGUCCUUGAUCUGCGCUUCAACAAAAUCUCCACGGCCAAAUGUCUUGGUCAACUUGCUGCUAACUACAAUUCCUUACAAGCAGUCAGCCUUGAAGGAAACCCAGCCCAGAAGAACGUAGGGGACGAACAGCUCAAGAAAUAUCUUAUGGGUGUUCUUCCUCAUUUAACUUACUUCAACAGGCAGUCUGUUAAAGCUGGCACCUUGAAGGAUGUGGCAGAUCGUUCAACUCGACUGGGCAUAACUGCUGAUAGGGGGCUUAGAUCGGAUCACAAGAAUUUGCGGAAAGCAACUCAUGGUGCUGCUUCUGCUCUCAAGACUCCAUUGACUUCCUCCGCUAAUGGUCGUAGAGGUCAAGCAGUGGUGUCACCGAAACCGUCCAAGGGAAAACCUGGGCGGCUGCCUCCAGUUGGGACUAAAACUGCAACUAGUCAUCGGCAAAAUCUAUAUGAUUUUAGCAGCAAACUUCUGAGCUUCAGACCUGAUCUGUCCAUGCGGAGGAGUCGGAGUGAGGGAACUCUUGCAGCUCUUUAAUCUUGGUUUGUGCUCUAUAUAUGACAAUAUAUGUGUGGUUAUGGGUGUGGUUUUUUGCGGGUUUUCUGGUUAUUUGUGGAUUUAGCACGACAGUUUCCGACGCUGUCAGAAAAUAAGUUUUUAGGCUUUGAGAACGCUAUUCCAACUGAACUGCAAAUGUUGCGUAUUGUACCAUUUUUAUUGCCCUUGUUUGAACUCGUUGCUUUUGGUGAUUGUGGAGUUUUUUU